AAAUGCUGAAGUUCUUCUCUGCGCGGGAUGACGAGAAUGAAAGCCUUCUGGGAGCAAUAACUGAGGAUGAAGGAGACAAUCCGUCUCUGCAGGACACCAAGCAGCACUGGCUGAACAGACCCUGCCUGCUGGUGCUUAAAGAUGGGGAUGUGUCCAAACCAGGAUUGGGCUGCGGCCAAAUAAGACCAGAAUCUCCGUCUAAGACCCCCUCAGACACAUCAGUCAGAGGCAGCUUUGGGCCAUGUGAGCAGAAACCAUCUGAACAUCCUGCCAAAACUGCCUCACCCUCCCAGCUGGAGGAGGGCAGCUGCACUGUGACCACCAUCUCCACAUGGGGUGAGAGUUGUUUCGGGGAGUCUUCCAGCCCCCUGGUGCUGAGCCCUGCUGAGGCCGCAUGGCCAGAUGAGGAGGAAGAGGAGGAGGUGGCAGAGGAAAAGAAGAAGCCCCAGGCUCCGCCAUCAAAGGAGGACUCUGUGGUUGAGGAGAAGGAGCUGGAGGAGAGCAGGCUGGAGCAGCAAGAGCAGUCCUGCAGCUCCGAGGCGACCGCAGCACCUUCUACUCUCUCACAGGAUGACGCACAUGGCAGGGGGCCCAAGGAGCUCCAGAGCCAGUUUAAGAUGGUCAGAUCUAAUGGAGGAGAUGAGACGAACAACAGCAAGGCUCAGGGAGCCAGUGGAGAGGGAGCGGUGGGGGACUGUGCAGCUUCCCCACUAGAUCCUGACAAUGAGUCCCAGCUGAGCCCUGUUGGUAUUCUGUCCAAGGAUCGAGGCACUGUCCUAGGAGAGGUAGCUCCAGUGUGGAUCCCUGACGCUCAGGCGCAGGUCUGCAUGAAGUGUGGGGUCAAGUUUACGUUUACUAAGAGGAGGCAUCACUGCCGAGCCUGUGGGAAGGUUUUUUGUGCACUCUGCUCCAGCCUGAAGUUCAGACUCACACAUCUGGAUGGCAAGGAGGGGCGAGUCUGUGUUUCCUGUCAUUCAACCCUCCUCAAAAGGACACCACCGAGGGGGAAAAGGAGGGUGUGGUUUGCAGAUGACAUCCUCCCCACUAAGCAGUCAGAGUCCGCUCCGACCACACCAGUCAGAGGGUUCUCACCGCUGAUGAGACGAGCGCUGGGCGGGCCGGUCAGAAGUCCUGUGGGGUCACCACAGCUUAGGAGAGCCUUGCGGCCGCAUGGGACGAAUAUCAACGAGGCCUGUGGUCCUUAUGGAUGGGGCACCACAGCGUUAGUCAGCAGCUCUGCCAACCUCAUCCCUCUGAAUGGCUUGCCACCCAUCCUCACCUCCACAGGAGUCAAAGGAGAUUACACUGUGGAGGAGCAGCCCUCUGAGAUGCUGCUUAUUCAGGAGUUGGAGAGUGGCAGGCCCAAGCCCCUGGUGUUUGUCCUCAAUGCCAACCUACUGGCUAUGGUCAAGCUGGUCAACUAUGUCAACAGGAAGUGCUGGUGUGUAACAUCAAAGGGAAUGCACGCUGUCGGCCAGGUGGAGGUGGUGGUGCUGCUGCAGUGCCUGCCUGAAGAGAAGAGCUUCCCCAAAGACAUUUUCAGCCACUUUAUCCAGCUGUACAGGGACACCCUCACAGGAAAGGUUGUGAAACACCUGACGCUGUCCUUGCUCGGCAGUAGUUUCCUGGGCAGCGAGGAGCACGCGGGCUUCUUGUACAUUCGCCCCACUCUCCAGUCCCUUCAAGGUCUACCUCUGCCAAACCAGCCCUACCUCUUUGGCCUGCUGGUCCAUAGAGCAGAGGUGGCCUGGGCCAAAGCCUUCCCCUUGCGUCUUAUGCUGCGACUGGGGGCCGAGUACAGAUUUUACCCGUGUCCCCUUUACAGCGUGCGCUUCAGGAAGCCCUUGUUUGGGGAAAUUGGCCACACCAUAAUGAGACUGUUAGUUGACUUUAGGAAUUACCGUUACAGCCUACCAAUGGUGCCGGGGCUCACUGUGGAUCUAGAGGCUCAGAGGACCUGCAUAAAGAUACCAACCAGCGGGUAUAAUGAACUAAUGAAGGCUUUGAAUAAAUCCAAUGAGCAUGUGCUGGCCAUCGGGGCGUGCUUCAAUGAGACUGCAGACUCCCACCUCAUCUGUGUGCAAGGAGACGAUGGCCAGUACCAGACCCAAGCCAUCAGCAUCCACAAUCAGCCACGCAAAGUGACUGGAUCCUGCUUUUUUAUAUUCAGCAGUGCACUGAAAGCGACUGCAGGAUAUCUGGCCAAGUCCAGCAUCGUAGAAGAUGGGCUGAUGGUGCAGAUCACCGUGGAAACCAUGGCAGAGCUCCGCCGGUCGCUACGGGAGAUAAAGGACUACACCGUCACCUGCGGACGGCUUGACCAAUCAGACAGCCAGGAGCUGGUUUGUGUACAGUGGGUGGAGGAGAAAUGCACUGUGAAUAAGGGAGUUAUUAGCCCCAUCGAUGGGAAAUCCAUGGAGUCCAUCAGCAGUACAAAAAUGUUCCAGAAGUCAGAAUACAAAGAAAACGGGAAGAUCAUCCGUUGGACAGAAGUGUUCUUCCUGCAGAGGGGGGAUCAUCCCAAAGGAGGAGCGAGUGACUCUGCAGAACACGACAGGUUAACAGAGCGGAUCGCCCGGGCAUUUUGCUUGGCACUGUGUCCACACCUCAAACUGCUGAAAGAGGACGGGAUGGCCAAACUGGGGCUACGUGUUGCUUUUGACUCUCAAGAGGUGGGAUUUGUGGCCGGGAGCAACGGGCAGCCCCUCCCUGCUCAGUACCUGAACGCCCUGGAUAGCGUGCUGAUCCCCGUCAUACACAGCAGGGGGCGCAAGAGAGGCGACGAGCCCAUAGUGAUGGAGCUUAUCUUUUACAUCCUGGAGAACAUCACCUAGAGUGCACCCAACUAUUCCAUCUUAUUAAACCCUGACCACAGCUCUGUCUCCGGCACUUCUCAUCAGUGUUGCCAUCAGUUUCAGGGCAACAAAAGCAUUCAAAGGGCGAACCAGACCACAUCCACGGUCUGCAUCCAUCUCAUCCACUCACGAGUAGAGAGAAACGAUCUGACUCUUAGUGGUUCUCUGAUCUCACCCUGCCCUGCAGCAGACAAUCUGGGUACGCAUGAAACCUAGGAUGGACCAUCAGAUCACUGUACACUGUACAGACGUAGCAAUUUCAUAGCUUGAUAUCAUUCACGUCACAAAUGUUCAAUACAAAUUCCCAUAGGGAGAAUACCUUUAAAAGUGGGAGCCGGAUUCAGCCCCACGACCUUAAAGCAAAGAGAAAAAGAGAAUGACUUGAAGAACAGAAUGUAGUAGAUCUGUAGCAAAUUGAUGCAACACUGAAUGAAUGCCUGAAGAAUGUUUUCUUACUGGAUGUAUUUUAAUUGAUUGCUCAUGAAAUGUAAUGUCGGCCUAGAAUUAAACUUGCAACAAUGACUGAGUUACUGCCUGUUCAUCCACGACCGUAUACUCAACACGGAGUACUUGUACUUUACUGGAGUAUUACCACUUCACACUGCAUUAUGCUCUUUUUUUUCUCCACCUGUUAAACAACUACAAAUACUAGCUGCUUUGCAGGUUAAGAUUUUACUUCAUACAUAAACAUGAAGGUGGAAGAAUAUUAAAAACAUCUUUUAAUGAAAAGCAGUCAAAACACAAUCAUUUUCUUCCCACGAGAUCAGUUUCGUAAAGACUUUACAGUUGUGACACACACCGAUCAGCCAUGACAUUAAAACCUGACAGGUGAAGUGAAUAACAUUGACCAUCUUGUUACAAUGCAAUGUUCUGCUGGGAAACCAUGGGUCCUGAAUUUCAUGUAGAUGCCACCUGACAUGCACCACCCACCCAAACAGCGCUGCAGACCAAAAACACCUCAUAGAAACAGAAAUCGCCAUUGACAGUGGCCUCCCAGCAGGGCAAUGCACCAUGCCACACCACAAUGAGUGGCCCGAGGAACGUGAGAAACAGCUGAAGGCAUCACCCUGGGCUUCCAAUUCCCCAGAUCCCAAUCUGAUCAAGCAUCUGCAGGAUGUGCUGGUACCCUAGAGGUUCUGUGUCCGUGCCUUGAUAGGUCAGAGCCCAGUCCGACCUACGCUGGGGCCUUUGAACUGUCGAGGCAUGGGCACAUGGCCUCUAGGGUACCACCCCCAGAGGUCCUGUGUCUAUUCCUCAGAUGCUCAGAUUGGGAUCUUGGGAAUUCUGGGGCCAGGUCGACGCCUUGAGAUCUUUGUCACGUUCCUCGGGCCAUUCCUGAGCCGUUUUUGUAGUGCAGCAUGAAGCCUUAUCCUGCUGAGGGUGGAUACUGUCAUCGGGGAGUGCUGUUGCUAUGAGGGGAUGUACUUGGUCUGCAACGGUCAUUGCAUGGGUGGUGCAUCUCAAGUGGCAUCCGCAUGAAUACCAGGACCCAAGAUUUCCCAGCAGAACAUUGCAUUGCAACAAAUGAUAAGUGUUAUUCACUUUGCCUGUCAGUGGUUUAAAUGUUGUGGCUGUACAUUGCAAUAAAAGGAAAAGCUGCCUGUUCCAGCCUGUUAAAAACAAAGCCCUUGUUUAUACAUCUUGCAUCCAUUUGAAGACUGAAUGAGUGUAAAAACAACCCCUUCACUCAAGUACUAAUGGAAAUAUGACCACAUUUUUGUCCCUAAUGAACCCAGCUGAUGGUUGAGUAGUGUGGGUGGAGAUCCGGUCCGCAGGAUGCUUUCUCUCUGCCUCUUACUAUGAAUCUCUUUAAACAAAGCAGAAUGGGGCUCUUGUUUACCUCCUACUUGCUCCACAUACUUGGGAUGGC